AUGGGGCAAAUUGAUGGAUACUCCGUCGUAAAGAUUUUUCCUUUUCCAGAGUUGCACAAUCAUAUUUAAGAAGUGCUCGACGAUCAUCGCCGCCACCUUUCGCCGUGAAUGGCAACGACUCGAAUCCAAUUGAGCGAGAGACGGAAUCCCUUUCUCCUAACUCUGGCUGUCCUGAUCGUCACCCUGCUCGUCAUCAUAUACUUCACCACCGACAUCACCAAUCGCUUCUCCACUUUCUACUUCCCCUCCCCAGAUCUUAAAUCCUCUAAUUCCAAUCCUUCCACUCCUCAAUCCCAGCUCUUCCCGCCUUCUGCUCCAAAUCCUCGGGCUUCUUCCACAUCGUUUUCCGGGGAUGGCUCGUCGAAGCUUGACGAAAGAGGAGAAGGAAAGGGAGUCAGUGGAGAUGGCGAAGAAGUCACCAAGGAGUUUGAUUUCCGCUGGGAGAUCUGUGGGAGGGAGAAGGGAUCCGAGGCGGUGGAUAACAUCCCGUGCCUGGAUAACAUGAAAGCGAUCAAGGCAUUGAAGUCGAGAAGGCGUAUGGAGCACCGGGAGCGCCAUUGCCCAAAGCCGAGCCCGAGGUGCCUGGUCCCCCUCCCCCUCGGGUACAAGAUACCGGUGCCCUGGCCGAAGAGCAGAGACAUGAUAUGGUAUGACAAUGUUCCUCACCCUAAACUAGUUGAGUACAAGAAGGAUCAAAAUUGGGUCCGAAAAUCUGGUGAAUAUCUUCUUUUUCCCGGUGGUGGAACUCAAUUUAAAGAUGGAGUAAAUGCCUAUACUCACUUUAUUGAGAAGACUUUGCCUGCUAUUGAUUGGGGUAGACAUACAAGAGUUGUACUUGAUGUUGGUUGUGGUGUUGCAAGCUUUGGUGGGUACUUAUUGGAUAAAGAUGUCAUCACAAUGUCUUUUGCACCGAAGGAUGAGCACGAGGCUCAGAUACAAUUUGCCCUUGAGCGAGGAAUUCCGGCUGUUUUGUCAGUUAUUGGUACCCAACAAUUGACUUUCCCUGAUAAUGCAUUUGAUCUGAUUCAUUGUGCCCGGUGCAGGGUGCAUUGGGAUGGAGAUGGUGGAAAGCCAUUAAUAGAACUUAACCGGAUACUUAGGCCUGGUGGCUAUUUUGUUUGGUCUGCAACACCAGUUUAUCGUGACGAUCCAAGAGAUCAGGGUGUCUGGAAUGCUAUGAUAACUUUGACAAAAUCUAUUUGCUGGAGAGUAGUGGUGAAAGCAACUGAUGUAACUGGAAUUGGACUUGUCAUAUAUCAGAAGCCUACCUUAAACUCAUGCUAUGAUGAGAGAAAAGUCAACAAUCCUCCCUUAUGCAUUCAGAAAAACAGAUCUAGUAUAUCAUGGUAUACUCCUCUUGAAGAUUGUCUGCCUCCUGUUCAUAUUGCCAACUCUGAUGCGCAGCAAACUUGGCCUGUUUGGCCUGAAAGGUUAAACGUUUGGCCUUCAAAUAUAUUUGAGUUAAACAUAGAGUAUGGUGAAGAAAGAUUCUAUGAGGACAUGAAGCACUGGGAAGUACUUGUAUCAGGUAUUUACACGUUUGAUCUUGCAAUAAACUGGUCAAGCUUCCGUAAUGUGAUGGACAUGAAUGCUGGAUUUGGAGGACAAAUCUCAUAGGGGGAAGGCAUCGAGAUGCCAACAGCCUAUGAAGGAGAAGAUUUGUUAGUGGGAUAGGUGGUAUUCAAGAACGAAGAGAAAGGCGAAGGUUCAAACCAAGUUCGAGCCUUGAUUUGAACAAGAGCUCAAAUUCGAACCAAUUCAAAUCGAUUUCGCAGCAAACUGUGAAUAGAAGAGCCUGUUAUUUCAUUCGAAAUGAUUUUUCGUGCAUCUUUUUCAAAGAAAACAAACAACAAAGAUAUUUUAUCAAUUAUGACUAUUAUAAGGCAUAUAAAAUCAAAUUUCUCUAUGAUAAGCUAAGCUAAGAAGUGUUUUUUUUUAAGUCACCUAGUACAUUUGAUGAACUUCCUGUUGACACAUGACAUAAAUUCUAUUUUGAGUUAUGGGGCAAAUUCUGUGAGAAAAUGUCAAAUUUCUAUCAAGGCAUCUAUCCUGCAUGAUGUGUAUAACUGAAGGCGUAAAUGAGUUGAGUUUAACUUGAGUCACAACUAACAUAAUCUCGGCUCAUCGGUCUAAUGGGAGUUUUGAAUUGAGCUUGAGCUGGAGUUUAGUUCAUAGAUUGAGCUUGAAGGCUCCACUAUUUAGUGGAAGGCUCAAGCAUGACUGGUGAACUCAAGAUCACUAGAGAAGCCUCGUGAAGAAGUCAUGAUGGAAGCUUGUGGGAGAAGUUAUCAAUGCGGUGAGAAAAUUGUGAUGGGAGCUUGAUAGAGAAGGCAUUGACGGAGCUGACAAUGUUUGAAGAAGAAAAAGAGGAAGUUGCAAUAGGACUACUGAAGUUUGAAGAAGAAGAAUAGGAAGUCAUAAUGUGAUCAGUGGCGUUUGAAGAGGAAGUCACAAUGAGACUUGUCGCUGGCAAUAUUUGAAGUAGAAAAAGAAGAAAUAGCAAUUGGACCGGCUCCUAGUAGUGUUUGAAAAGUAGAAGUCGUGAUAGGAGUAGGACCAUUCUUAAAUCAAGCGGUUGAGGAACCCUUCAUGGAUUUAUUGUCAAAUAAGGGAAAAACAAGAUUUACGAUUCAAAUUUAAUUCAGUUGGCUUGCAAGUCAACAAGCUGAAUCUCAAGCUCAACUUAAACUCAUAUAACAUAUAAGCUAUAAUAAGAACUCAAGCUCAAGGCUCAAUAAACUCAACUGAUGAGCUCAUUAGCAAGUCAAAUUCAAGUUGAAUUAGGAGCUGGCUCAGCUCACUUUCUCCCCUAUUUCUACCAUAUUAACUAGGUCUAUAUUUGAAAUUGGUUAUAUUGUAUUCUAUACCUUUAACUUCUACAGUUAGGGUAACCUCCAGUUAUUUUUCGUUCUCUUAAACAUUCACAAUAUCACUUAAUCCAUUUUAUACUUCUCUCUCCUUAUUGAAAUUGCUGAUUUUGUUAUUUUAAGCCUCUUUAGCUUCUUCAUCAUGAGAACCUUGGCUUAACACAAGUUUAUUAUCAAAUGAAAAUCUUGUUGCAUCACAUCGUCAAAUUUUAUAUCGGACUUGGUUACUGCAUUCCGUUUGAGGGAGUUAAUGUGAAUUUCGGUAAGAAGAUAGAGAUAAAUCCUACAGAGUUCCUACUCCCACAGAAAGAAGAGUCAUUUUCCUUUGUACUUGUCUGAGAACUGCAUGGAUGUACACGUAGGAAUUAAAAUGGAAUACUGCACAAUCAAUUGUCUACUUUAUUUCCAGUUAAUUCCACCCAAAAAAAAGAACAAUUUGCACUUACAACUUACAGUUGUCUUUCUGCAAAAAUUUUAUCUGAUCAAGUAAAUUUUUUAUUCAAUCA